CCCUUUGCAAACGCACGCGCGGUUUCUUGCCAUUCUGGAUUUCGUACAGCGUAGGUGGGGACAGAGCGCCGUCUGCGAGACGACAUGACGUCUCAAAUCAAGAUAUCGGCGCUGACCUUGCUGGCGUGCUGCCUCGCGCUGGCUUCGAGCCAUGCCGGUAUGGAGCAUGGCGCAGGACAGCACGUGUACGCGGGCGGCGAGGACUACCCGCACGGAUUCGUGGUGCGCACCAUCCACGAGGGCGAGGACCGGCACGGCGAUCGGGGCCGGGGCUACGGUCACGGCCACCGUGACUACGUGAACGAGCCGGAGUAUGUGGUGCGGAGCCCGUACGGCGCCCUUCUUCAGCAGUCUGAGUCGCAGCACAUGUACGCCACCGGUGCAGCGCUGAGCCUUGGAGGCGCCUUGGGCCACGAGCACGCAGCCUUCUUUCCCGGACACAUGGGCGGUUACCUGAUGGCGAGAUGAAAUGUCCAAUCACUUGGCGCUGGACAAACUUGAUGUUGCUUCUUUAAGCAGCAACGGUACGCUGGCAUCCGUCUACCCAGGAGCGCCUGCAACGUCGGUUCUUGAAGCAAUGACUUAAACUACAUGCCAUAACGCACCCUCAUAUUUUGUAAUAUAGUAUUCAUCCACCAUAACAAAACUUCUACUGUUGUUAAUAAAGGUCCUGCAUACGUUUUUUCCGUUA